AUAAAUACACACUUUUUUAAAUAAUGUAUCAAAUAUGGACAUUAUGUCAUGGGUCAAUAUAUCGUGAAUUUACAAAACCGAAAUGGUCACCGAUAUUCCGUAGUUAAGUGUAAUCACAACUAAAUCUUUGUUACCAUGUACUAGUUACAAUAACCGCAAUUAUAAAAGCAUGAAUCAAUACUUGAUUCAGCAAUCAAUGUAAAAAUAAAAAUCACAAAACAAUGAAAAACCUUUUUUUCUUGAUUGAAACAAAUGAGAUUUAUUUUUAUAACCUUAAUUUAAACUAUUUUAAGGACGUGCUUGUACUUUAUGUGGCACUUCAGCGUCGCUGUUUCGCAGUUAAACAUCCUAAAUUCUGAUCUCUCAGGCGCCAUGACAGUCUCUCACUGCCGACUGUACAGAGUCACAAAAGAGGCUGGACAGCUGCUGGUGCUGAGUGUUGGACCAUUGUAUCGUCUUUUGUAUUUAUUUUUCCGCUACCUGAUUCAGUGGAAGGCGAAAUAUUUCACAAGAACUCUAACAAUGGAAAUGCAUCACAGUGGAAAUUCUCGGACCAGGUGUCUGUCUAUGCUUUUUUUUAUCGGCACGUUUGUGACUACGGUGAUGGCUGUAACGCAUUAUUCGGUCCCCGAGGAACUGGAAGAAGGCUCGGUUGUCGCAAAUUUAGCUUCCGAUUUAGGUUUAGACGUGAAAACACUGAUCAGGCGGAAGAUGCGGCUGGAAAACAUAUCGAGCAAGAAAUAUCUGGACCUAAACAAAGAAACUGGAGAGAUUUACAUUGUUGAGAGGGUUGACAGAGAGUAUCUCUGUGCAGUAAAGACAACAACAUGUUACCUAAAAAUGGAGGCUAUCGUUGAGGACCCCCAAAGGAUAUUCUAUAUUGAAAUAGAAAUAAUGGACAUAAACGACAACGCCCCUCAUUUUCGACGAGACACUAUAAACCUGGACGUAAUAGAAUCAACACAAGCUGGUGAGAGAUUUUCUGUUAAUAACGCAGUUGACCCAGAUCUUGGAUCCAAUUCAGUUAAAACAUACCUUCUCAGUGAAAGUGAGCACUUUGAUAUAAAUAUUCAAACCGGAAGAGACGGGUCCAAAUUUGCUGACUUAAUAUUAAAAAAGAGUUUGGACCGAGAAAAGCAAGGGGUACACAAUUUAAUUCUUACUGCAGUGGAUGGUGGGGUGCCCUCACGCACGGGCACAGCCAGUAUCAUUGUUCGUGUGAUAGACACCAAUGACAACGCCCCGACUUUCGAAAAAGAUAAUUAUGACGUUAAGAUCAUAGAAAACUCACCAGUUGGAACUAUUGUUCUUAAGCUGAAUGCUACAGAUUUAGACGAGGGGACAAAUGCACAAAUGGAAUAUACAUAUAGUCUGUACACGUCAGAGAAAACACAAGGAACAUUUAAUCUGAACCCUUCCACUGGUGAAAUAACAGUGAAGGGAAUGUUGAACUAUGAAGAAGUUCGGGAAUAUGAAAUGGAAAUCAUUGCAACAGAUGGAGGGAGUAACCGCUUAUCAGGACAGUGUAAGGUAAACAUCGUUGUAGCAGAUAUGAACGAUAAUCAUCCAGAAAUAUCAAUCAAAUCCUUUCAUAGUCCAGUCCAUGAAAAAACAGAAUUAGACACAGUGAUAGCUGUAGUUAGUGUCAGUGAUAAAGACUCAGGUGACAAUGGAGUAGUUGAUGUUCAUAUUCCAGAUAAUAUGCCUUUCAAACUGAGAGAAUCCUCUGAUAACUAUUAUGAAUUAGUGGUGUCAGAGCCCUUAGACCGUGAGAAGGUUCCAGAAUAUGACAUCACUUUCACUGUUACAGACAGAGGCUCUCCUCCUUUAUCUGACAAUGAAACUAUGACUUUAGAGCUGCUGGAUGUUAAUGACAAUGUCCCACAGUUCCCUCUGUCAUUUUAUACUAUACGUGUGAUGGAGAAUAACGCACCUGGGGCCUUGCUCAGUUCACUCACUGCCUUUGACCCUGACCUCCAUGAAAACCAGUAUCUAGUUUACUUCAUCCUGGAGAAGGAGAUAGCCAACACCUCCAUGUCCAUGUUGUUCUCCAUCAACCCAGAGAACGGUAAUCUUUACGCACUGAAAACUUUUGACUAUGAGAUCGAGAAGGAGUUUCUUUUCCACAUCGAGGCCAGAGACUCUGGCUCUCCUCCACUCAGCAGUAACGUGACUGUACACAUCAUUAUUGUGGACCAGAAUGACAACACUCCGGUUAUUGUCUCUCCGUGGCGUGCGCAUGGCUCAGUGGUGGAGGAAAAGAUCCCCAGAUCCACUGAUAAAGGAUCACUGGUUGCGAAAGUAAUCGCCUUAGACACAGACUCUGUGCACAAUUCUCGGAUUACCUACCAGUUUCUACAAGUGACUGACGCCACCUUGUUCAGUCUGGACCAAUAUAACGGAGAAAUCCGGACUAUGAGGAUGUUCAGUUACAAAGAUCCACGCCACCAGAGAAUGGUUGUUGUUGCUAAGGACAACGGGGAGCCUGCUCUCUCUGCUACAGUCACCAUCAAACUGUCCACAAUGGAGACUGCAGUUAAGGCCUACUCUGACAUGACUGAGGUGCCUCUGGAGUAUGACAUCUUCUCAGACCUGAACCUGUAUUUGGUGAUCGGUCUGGGUUCUGUGUCAUUUCUCCUGCUGAUCACCAUAUUGGUCACCAUCGUGCUCAAGUGUCAGACACCUAAGAGCAGCAAAGCAGCUCCUCCCAGCAGGAACAGUGUGAUCAGUGAGAGGAACUCCACCAUCGCAGAUUCCACUCUGGUGUCCAACGAUGCCUACUGGUACAGUCUGUUUCUAGCAGAGACCAGGAAAGGAAAGAUGGUGGUCAGACAGCCUGUGCCAAAGGGUUCCAGAUACAUCGUGUCCAGUAUCCCAAGAGGAACAGGAAUAUCAGAUACUAGUGACUCAGCAGCGUCUACUCUACAGGUAUGA